AUGAUGGUUCCAUAUCUUCAUUUUUUCGGAGGAGACAACGUCUUCUUCGAGACUUGGCGACCAAGCUCGAGCGGUGCACUCGCAGGUGCUUGCAUUGGGCUUGUCCUGCUCGCCCUGCUCGAGCGAUGGUUGGCCGCUACAAGAAGCGUUUUCGAUGCGCACUGGCAGCGAAGGGCACAGGCAAUGGCGGCCGCCCGCGACGGCUGUAUCUCUUCCGAUGCGCAGAAGAACCCGAACUCGGAACGAGAUUCAGCCACCAAGUCGUUGGUCACCGGGGAUGCCAGUAUCCGUGAAGCUGAAAGGGAACGAUCGGAGGAAUCACCCAAUUCAAACCUUGUAACCGUACGAUCCCGUCUUCGAACGAUCACUCCCUUCAUCGCUGCCCACGACAUUCCUCGCGGCGCUUUGUACGCCCUCCAGAUGCUUCUUGGAUAUGGUCUUAUGUUGGCAGUCAUGACGUAUCAAGCCGCCUACAUCAUCUCCAUCGUGGCGGGCUUAGGCAUAGGUGAAAUAGUGUUUGGAAGGGUCAUCCGAGUUAGCGGGCAUCAUUGA